AUGGAGAAGAUUUCGACGGAAAGGAAGAAAAGAACACGGCAGAACGAAGAUACAGAAGAGGAUGCUAAACGAGACGGAUCAAAAGAAAGCAAAAGGAAAAAGGAAGAGAUUAAGGAAGAAGGGACGGCGGAAAUGGAUCCUAUAGAUUUCGAGUCACUGAAUAAGCUUUCCAGCUUCGUUGGUGAAGGCGCUCAGGAAUUGCUGAAGCAGCGAUUUAUUGUGAUAUUAUUGAGUUGUAGGCUGGGGAAGAUGCCCCGUGCACCGCUGGACAAUCGACUCGCCAACCCUCCACCACCUGGAGAGUCGACUGUCCCAAUUCUAGGCAACCAGAAACAAACACCUUCUAAAGAUAUUCACCAACUGUGCACGAUGCUGGUAUAUCUCCAGAAUCAUCUAGUUUCACCGCCAGCAUGCGCAGAGCUGUUUAAUGUUCUUCCAGUGCCACCACCUCCUCCAGUUAUACCAAGUCGGCUGAACAUAGCUGUUCCUCCGCCGCCUCCUCCACCACCGCCUCCACCAUCUACAUCUGCCGCUCAGGCUCCUCUUACGCCAACCCUUCCCCAACCUUCGAACUCUGGUAAGACUCGAGAGAAUCGUAACGUGCGACAACAAGCAGUGCACAGUCUCAGGUUCCGCAUCCACCUAUGCCUCCUGGUAUGCUCCGUCCGCCUCCAGGCAUGCCACCGCCAGUUCUUCCUCCACCAUCGUUCUUGA